AAAAUAUCUGUCAUCCUCAUUAUACUCUGUGAACAAAUUUUCUUUUUCUCAACACAAUUUUGGCUUGGUUUUGGCUGGUGCGGUGUGUUUGUUUAUUAUUUAUUGUAAAGAAAUUGGAGGUCGCAUUUACAAAAUAAAAAGAGCAAGUUGUCCAGACAACAUGGAGAACAUGAGUUACUUUGAUUUAUGGAAUGCAAUCAGAGCUCAGAUGGCUGGGUUACCCUGGACUGUAUCUCCAAACUACAUUGCGAUGACCUACGAGAAUCUCCUGUCUCCAAUGUACACACCUGCUGUCCCUUACCAGCCAGUGCCCCAAGCUGAUCAGGCACCGAAUACAUCAGAAACAAAAUUUGUGCAAGUUUUAAAUGACAAGUGUCAGAAACUUUACACUAAACCAGGGGAAGAGGAAAAAAUGAACAAUGACCAAACAGGAAAUAAAGAUUUGAACGAAACGAAGAAUGAUCUCAAAUUGAAUAUGAUAACAACAACCAGCAAGAGGAUUGUUGAACUCCCACAGUACAAAACCAGACGGCAGGAGCUACUGAAGGCUAAAAAGCCUGUCUGCACUUACAAAGCCACCAUAUUGAAGAAUUGGACGCAAGCAGACUAUGUCAAAAAGUGCAUUGCGUUUAAGAGACAGGUGGCUGAAGAACGUGAAAAGGCGCAACAAAGGGCCAUGAUGGGAGGAGAUAUCACUUCACAACCUGUGCAGGGCCGGGUGGUGAAAAUGCCAGACUUGUGCAUCGGGGUGCUGAUGGGUGGCAAGACUCCGCAGCAACGCAGUGACCGCUGGUACCUGGUUGCUGAAACCAAGGUGCUGCUCGAAGACCACAUGUUUAUUGACAAACUGGCCCGCACUGACAGCCACUGCCGCAUCCGUCUGCCCUACGAGGUCGUCCACGACUUGGUGCAGAUGACUCACAAGAGGCACCCUCACUGGAUGCGCAUCCCGGCUAGGCGGCUCGCAAACUACAUUCAUCGCAACUGCGCCAUACACAAACUGGUCAUUGGCCAGACGCCCAUGGAGGCUGAGGAUCUGGAGGAGCACCCCUUCGCCACAGACAUGGUGCUGAACCUCUGCAUGCAACUGUUGAAGCAAUACUUCUACGUGGUGCUUAUAUCCAACGAUCCGGAACGCAAACGUAAGGCCACUGCGCUGGACAUGCCUUGCUACACCCUGGCUGAACUCCACGAAAUGGUCACCCCGAAAUUCCACAACUAUAAAGAGAGCAACAUCAAGAUAACUUGCACAGCAACUUCCACCCAAAUGGGCUAAACUUGGCAUGGUAAAGGGACGCGGUUCUAAGGUGGUUUUAAAUAUUGUGCAGAUUUCAUCACCUACACAGGAUUGCCGUAUCUAUUCUUCGACAAGUGAUGACCAAUUUUUGGUGUCAAUUCGGCUCUCCCUACAUGCAUGAGAGGCGAAAGUGCCAGUAUUUAUUUAUUGCAUGCGUAAAAAAAUUGCGGAUAAUCCCCCGUGACGAAAUCCGCACGAUUGAACCAGUAUAUGCAUUGGGUGGGACUUUCCCCACAUGACGGUACUCAAUAUUAUAAUAAUAAUAUGUGGAAACAUCUCACACACGGCCAUCCGACCCCAAACAGUCAGGAUCACUUACCACUACACAAUUCGGUCGUAAAAAUAUUAUUGUAUGAGAAGACACUUCAGGCCAAAGGUAAAAGGAAACAGGUAUUAAUAUUAAUAAGCAAGGCGCAUUUUAAAUGCAGCCGAAAUAUUUAUGUAGUAGUUUUAUUUUACGUGUUUUUAAAAGUUGUGUCAAUCCAACUUAUAGUAAAUAUGAUCUUAUAUACUCUUGAUGUUAAAAUAAAAUUAGUGUUGUGAUAAGUUUCUGUGAAUGACGGCGCACAUAGAUGGAUAUUGUGAUGAUUUAGGGAAAAGAGGAGAUUUCGAACGAUGCAUGUGCAAUUGGAUUGGGGCUUUUACUGGCCCAGCGGACAAUGAACCUUUAUUACUUUAUAAAAUAUGGCAUGAGCUUUUUAUUGAUUAGUUUUCUUUUGAAAACGAACAAAUGUCAAAUAAAAUAUAUGGAUUUGACAGCUGUCAUGAGACUCGUGCUAUAUUUUACAAAGUAUAAGUAUUAACUGUAAGUAUCUAAGAUUUAUAACUUUUGUGUCAAUCCAACUUGUAGUAAAUAUGAUCUUAUACACUCUUGAUGUUAAAAUUUGUGUUGUGAGCGGGUGUAAGUUUCUAUGAAUGACGACGCACAUAGAUAUGGAUAUUGUGAUGAUUUAGGGAAAAGGGGAGUUUUCGAACGAUGCAUGUGCAAUUGGAUUGGGGCUUUUACUGGCCCAGCGGACAAUGAACCUAUAUUUAAAAAAUAGCAUGAGCUCUUGACGUUUGAUUGACAGAUUCUUAUGCCUUGUGAAUGAAGUUAGUUCUCCCUUGAAAACACAAAUAACAAAAAAAUUAAUGGACUUGAAAGCUGUCACAAGACUCAUGCUAUAUUUUACAAAGUAUAAGUAUUGACUUAAAUACAAAACAAGAAUAGAAUAGACUUUUAACUGCCAGUUUCUAUAACUCUAUGUAUCCAUAACUGGUAGUUACUUUCAUACGAUUUUGACAUACCUAAUCAAAAGUAACAAUCUGUCAAAAUCGUAUGAAAGUAACUACCAAUUAUGGGUAGAUAGAGUUAUAGAAACUGGCAGUUAGUCUAUAUCAUAUAAGAUUUCUGAGACUUUUUGUCUAUUUUAGUUUUUACUAGUUAUGUACUUACUUACAAAUCUUAUACUUA